AACGCGCCCCUUCCGGCCAGUCGCAAAGCGUCGCCUUUGCUUCUGUUCCGGGCUGAGUUUAUGAGGCGAUCUGGGGCUGCCGCCGGCUUUUGGGAGGCCCGCUUUCAAGGAGGAGGAGGAGGGAGAGAAGCUCAGGGCUACCUGCAGGAGGAAUUGUCCGUUUCGGCUGCCCCCGGAUAUGCAGAGCAGUUUUCAGAACUAUCACCACAAUGGAAAGAAAAUGCAAAUCCCAGAAAGCAGCUGACAGUAGAGAAGGCGGUUCAGGGCCUCUCCCUAUUCAUAAAUACCGAAAAAAACUCAUUCAAGCUGUAAGAGACAAUCCAUUUCUUAUUGUGACUGGAGAGACUGGAAGUGGAAAAACAACUCAGCUUCCCAAAUACUUAUUUGAAGCAGGUUUUGCCAAACAUGGAAGAAUUGGCGUGACUCAACCGCGGCGAGUAGCCACCAUAUCAGUGGCUCAUAGAGUUGCCGAAGAAAUGAACUGUUCCUUGGGAAGCACAGUGGGAUAUCAGGUUCGCUUUGAUGACUGUAGCUCUCAGGAUACGGCGAUCAAAUAUAUGACCGACGGAUGUUUACUAAGACAUAUUUUGGCCGAUCCAAAUCUUACCAAAUACAGUGUUGUCGUUUUGGACGAAGCCCACGAGAGGAGUUUAAGUACGGACAUUUUAUUUGGCUUGCUGAAGAAACUCUUUCAGCAGAAGAAACAUCCUGACAGGAAAGAGGAUCUGAAAGUGGUGGUAAUGUCUGCUACUCUGGAAUUAGGCAAACUUUCUGAGUUCUUUGGCAAUUGCCCAGUAGUGGACAUUCCUGGAAGGAUUUAUCCAGUCCGAGAGAUAUUUUGCAACUUGGUUGGCCCGAAAGACAGAGAAAACUCAGCGUAUGUAUCAGAGGCUGUGAAAGUAACUCUGGAUAUCCACUUGAGUGAAAUGGCUGGAGACAUCUUGGUUUUCCUGACUGGCCAGUUGGAGAUUGAGAAAGCUUGUGAUUUAUUAUUCCAGAAGGCAGAAUCUAUUGAUUAUCAGUAUGAUGUCCAAGAUGACUCUGUGGAAGGUUUGCUCAUUCUCCCAUUAUAUGGGUCAAUGCCAACAGAUCAACAAAGAAGAAUAUUUUUGCCACCGCCUCCGGGCAUCAGAAAAUGUGUGGUUUCCACCAAUAUCGCUGCAACAUCCUUGACAAUUAAUGGAAUCAGGUAUGUGGUGGAUAGUGGCUUUGUGAAGCAGUUAAAUCAUAACCCCCGGGUGGGGUUGGACAUUCUGGAGGUGGUUCCAAUUUCAAAGAGUGAAGGAAGACAGCGAGCAGGCCGAGCUGGAAGGACUGCUUCAGGGAAAUGCUUCCGGAUUUACAACAAAGAAUUCUGGGACCAAUGUAUGCCCGAUCACACAAUCCCUGAAAUUAAGAGAACUAGCCUGACUUUGGUGAUUUUGACCUUGAAAUGCCUUGCCAUACACGAUGUCAUAAGGUUCCCCUAUUUGGAUCGCCCUGAAGAAAGACUUAUUUUGGAAGCUCUUAAACAGCUUUAUCAGUGUGAUGCUAUUGAUAGGCGAGGCCGCGUGACAAGACUCGGGGAGUUCAUGGUGGAGUUUCCUCUUCCUCCAAAUUUGACUUGUGCUGUCCUAAAGGCCAUCUCUCUGGGCUGUGAAGAUCUGCUGCUUCCAAUAGCGGCAAUGUUAUCAGUGGAAAAUGUCUUCAUUAGACCAGGUGAUGCCCAGAAGCAAAAAGAAGCUGACCUGAAACAUCAAGAACUGUCAUCAGAUGCUGGCGGAUGGAAUGACUUUGCAACUCUAUUAAUAGUCUUUGAGCAGUGCAAAGCCAGCAAAUCUCCAGCAACUUGGUGCCAAAGACAUUGGAUCCAUUGGAGGGGCUUGAAGUCUGCAUUUAAUGUCGAAGCUCAACUUCGCGAAAUAGCCAGUAAGCUUAAACUGAAUCAAGAUUUUCCCAAGGAAACGUUUGAAGGCUCGAGAAAUGAAAUCCUAAGACGAUGCCUUUGCACGGGGUAUUUCACCAAUGUGGCUCGUAGGAAAAGAAAUUAUUGUGUUCAUAGGUCUGUAGGAAGAACAUUUUGCACAAUGGAUGGGCAUGGAAGCAUAGUCCACAUUCAUCGUUCAUCAGCGCUCCAUGACCAGGAAAUGCAACUUGAAUGGAUCAUUUUCCACGACGUAAUAGUUUCCUCCAAAGUCUACGUGAAGACAGUGUGUCCUGUUCGGUAUGAGUGGGUCAAGGAUCUAUUGCCCAAGUUGCAUGAAAUUGAUGCGUACGAAUUGAGUAGUGUAGCCCGAGAAGAAGUGACGGAAGAAGAAGUGACCAGAUGGAAAAACAGGUCUCACCGAAAGCAACCUAAAGAUGAAACAGAAGACUCCUUAAAGAAAAUGGAGAGAAGGAAUGAUGAGAAAUCCAUAUCAGAUGCACGUGCUCGCUUCCUUGAAAGAAAGCAGCAGAGAUCCAGGGACCUUUUUGGCGUGCUGAAGGAAACAGGCUAAGGGACCAGCCCACCAGCUCAGGAAUCAGAAAAGGCAGUCCAGAAAAUAGCCCCCCGGCCCCAACGAAGACUGCAGUUAGUCUUGCCAAGAAGCAGAGGAAACUGUUGGCUGCUGCUGAAAGUUCAGCAAGAGCGCUCGUCUAACAGCCGUUGCCAAUGCAGUCAGGUGGAACUUUCAGGAAAAUGAGUGGGCUCGGCUCCGACGGCUGAAAUCGGAAGCAGCGAGGUGCGAACCUUAAAUGAAUGUCAGGAAGUGAGGUUUAUUUCUUGCUACCAAUUUGCAGGCUUUAACUGGCAAUUCAUUUUGUCACUGGGGAUUUUCAAAUCGGCGUUAGUUGACAUUUUAUUAAAGCACGACCUAGGAAAACUAAAACGAAAGCCAAAUUCUUCCGUGGGGUGGCUAUGAGAAACGUGAUUCAGGACUAAGAUUUGGUUGAUAGUUUGCCAAGACUGAAACCUAAGUGCAUGACAGAUUAAGGCUGAAUGUUGUAAGUAAUAGGAAUUGAGAGAGAAAGAACUUAAUCAGUUAGGGGAUUUUCUAUUAAGGCAGAACUAUCUUUUCCACUCUAGCAGUACUUUAACAAAGUUGAUUUUUGAUCCAGCUGUCUCAAUUGCCCUCAUUAGAAAAUAUCUUCAUCAAUGUCAUAAAUCAGUGUGGUAUAGGUAGCUAGGGACUUUCCUAGAGUUCUUUCACUUUUGAAGAUAGCUCGCCAAGCCCUCUCUGCCCAUGUGUAAUUUCAUCCUCAGCAUCUGAGCUACAGCCUAUUAAACGAUAGAAAUUUAACAUUUGCCUUUGGUUUUUGGCCCACGCGUGACUGAUCAGCAAUGUGGCGUAUGACCUUCUUAAGGCAGGAGGUUUCUGACUGGGUUUGGUUUUCCUUGGCAUUCCAAUUUCCACUGAUUCUGAGUACAAGUGAAGGGGACAUGCAUUUUAGUGUUAUAUGGAUGUCUCACUUAAGCCGAGGGGUAAUCUGCACAGGCGGACUUGGAAUAAAACUAGGUUUCCAGGCAAGGCUUUGGAUCGUAUCAGGUUCAAUUUCAGUCACAGCUAAAGCUUCUUUAAUGCUCUGCUUGCAGGUUGAAAGUAGAAAUUGGUUAUUUCUUCAGUAGUUCCCCUGGGGAUGUGGAAACCAAAAGAUUAUUGGAUACUUUCUGGUAGUGUCAGGGAAAUGUGUCUUUGUUUUCUGCAUCAUUCAGAUGGCAGAACCAUUUGUUCCCUGUGACAAUCUGUACUUUAGGUUCUGCUCUUCACCAUCAUCACUAUGAAUGAAUGGAAGAAUUUUAACUUAGAGAAAAGUAUCCGAGGGGGUAGUUUCAUUGCGACAUAACCUAUAGCCACCUACCAGCACCGUGUCUUACUGAUCCCUAAAAUCAGUGGUGGUUGAUACAUCUGUUCAGUACUCAUUCCCUUUUCUUUUUCCCAUUUUAUUGUAAUGGCUAAUUCAGUUGGCAAGAAAUGUAUUUUACCUCUGGAAUAAAUGGCUCAGGCUGUUCUACUUUUUUCUUUCUUCUUAGAAUGACCUGUGGGACUGAGAACACUCUUAGGAGUCAAGAAAUAUGAAUAAAAAUUAGGUUCUUACUCUG